AUGGAGCCCACGACCUCGAGGCGGCAGGCUCAAGUGCGUAACAAAGGGCGAGUCUUGAUCCCCCUUAACCCCCAAGAAGAAGUCACAUGUCCCAGUGCCUCCGUGGAAGCUUUUCUCAACAGCACCCUCACCACCCGCCUCCUCCCUGCCCUCUAUUCUGUGGUCCUGCUUGUGGGGCUGCCAGCCAAUGCUCUGGCCUGCUGGGUCCUGGUAACAAACUUCAGGAGAUGUUCCAGCACCCUCUUCCUGCUCAACCUGGCCAGCGCUGACCUGCUCUUCGUCCUUCUGCUGCCCUUCAAGAUCUCCUACCACCUCUUGGGCAAUCACUGGCUCUUUGGGGACUACCUGUGUCGCACCAUGGUGGCCUUCUUCUACGGGAACAUGUACAGCUCCAUCCUCUUCCUCACCUGCAUCGGCCUGGAGCGCUACAUCUCUGUGGUGCAUCCAUUCCUGUGGAAAGGCUCCAGCUGGACACGGGGCAAGGCGGGUGUCUGUGUGGGCAUCUGGUUGGUGGUGGGGCUGGGCAUGAGCCCUCUGCUCUUGCAGACCCAGACAAGUCACAUCUCAAGCCUGAACAUCACAACAUGCCAUGAUGUCAUCCCACGAAAGGAUGAGCACGUGUUCUUCAUCUACUAUUUCCUUUCCCUGGUGGGGCUGGGCUUUGGCUUGCCCUUCGUGCUUAUGAUCAUAUCUUACAGCUGCAUCCUGGCACGGCUGCUGGCUGAGGGGAGACGCUACGGGCAGGUGGUGCGUGUCCUGGUCCUGGUCCUCCUUGUCUUCAUCCUCUGCUUCACCCCCAGCAAUGUACUGCUCUUCAUCCACUACAUGCUGGAGGCCACGGGGUGCCACAACGUCACUUACAUCAGGUACACCCUGGCCCUGGCGCUUGGUGCCUUCAACAACUGCUUCGAUCCCUUUGUCUACUUCUACAUCUCCCAGGAUUUUCGGAGGUGGAUCCGGGGUGCAGGCAGCUGCUGCCCGGGUGGUGUCAAGACCUUGACGGGGAGGACCUCAGAGAAGGCAGCCUUGCCCCUGAAGUCCAGUCAGCAGGACCAGCUGUAG